AUGGAGGAACAUCCUCGUUUCAUCAUUGGCCAUCAUGAUGCGAAAAGAGCCAUCCCUGUCACUGUCCAGGCGGUCCAAGAAGCUCAUGCUGCAAAUUAUGACAUGCUGACGAGUCCCAUUACAACUCCUCAUUUCCAUUCUCGAAUAUUGACGCUUUUUUCCACGUAUCUUUCUCAUCACCCAACCAAUUCGGAAGAGGACAUCACCCAAACCAAGAAUGCUUCCCCGAUCACCAUCCCACCUCUUACUCCGGCCGAUACUCCUUUAACCCCUGAUGAAUCCAUCAGCCAAAUGAUCGGAGUGACAAGCUCCUGGAUCGACUUAAGCUCCCCGGACCCAAUCAUUGCGGAUGUCUCCCGACAGAUCUUGAAAUUGGAAAUCACAUAUGCUGCCUUUUGUGGCGUCACUUACGUUCUGAUUCCAGGUCCUCGACUACGUGGUCAAGGAGCCUCCGAAAGUGGGAUUGUACAAUACGGGAGAGCGAUCAUGGACGCCCUAUCGCAGGGACCUUACAUGCAACUCUACCUAUGGUUACCCAUGAUCGACCAUUCUGAUGACCAGUCUUACGAGAUAAGUGAUUUGGCUCCUUUUGCUCGACAACCAUUCUUGGAUCAAGAUGAUGUUGAAACAAAGAGGUUGGAUUUGUUUGGAACUUGGGAAGCUUGGGACAUGAUUAGAUCGAUAUGUAAAUAUCCAUCUCGAUUAUGCGUAGCUCUGUCUAUCCCCAAACUCCUUCCAUCAGUGCGCAUUCAGUCCAGAUGGUACUCGGAACCCGUGCGACUACUUACGCUAGACUCGAAAAUCUUCUCGAAAAACGCCAAGGGGUAUCCGGUGCUCUCCCGAGCCCAUCAAGCCUUUAUUAAUCGAUUCACCCGCUUACGAACGACCCCAUGGUUUCUUCUUUGCGAUGUUGGACCUGUUCCGAGCCUUCCAAACACCACAGCCAACGGCAUCCAAAAUACAGCAGCAGCUGCAUUUCCGACCCCGGCCGAAGCAGCUGAAGGCCACCACCAUUCGGAAGACCCAACUCCUCACCUCUCAUAUAUGCGCAAUCUACAAACAAAGCAACCAGUUCAGACCGCUCUUGACCGCUUCGGUGCCGGAUAUCAAGAUUACCUUCAAACUCCUCUGCAACCAUUGACAGUGAACUUGGAAAGCAUCACCUAUGAGGUCUUUGAAAAAGACCCGAUCAAAUAUGCCUGGUAUGAACGCGCCAUUGCCCGCGCAUUGCAUGACUGGAUCGAACAAGCCAAACCGACCUCCAACCCAGAUGGACGUGUUGUUGUCGCCGUGGUCGGCGCGGGAAGAGGUCCACUUGUGACACGGACGUUGAAAGCAAGUGCAGACACCGGUGUCGAGAUCGACCUGUGGGCAUUAGAGAAGAACCCAAAUGCUUUCGUUCUGCUUCAGCGACAUAACGAGACCAUAUGGAACAGACGAGUUAAUCUGGUGAAGUCGGACAUGAGAACAUGGCGAGGACCUCUUCGUCCCGCGACAUCAAAGCACAUCAAAACACCAACGCCGUACAAAAUCGACAUUUCGAUCUCCGAACUCCUCGGCUCCUUCGGCGACAAUGAGCUGUCUCCCGAGUGUCUGGACGGUGUUCAGCAUCUCCUGAACCCGGUCCACGGAUUAUCCAUACCAGCCUCGUACACGGCCCAUUUGACACCAAUCGCGGCACCUAAGCUCCACGCAGACAUCACGCAUGGUAUGAGCAGCACAAACCCGAACGCAGCAGAGAUUCCUUAUGUGGUCAUGUUAAACGCGAUGGACUACCUGAGUACAUCGACGCCGACGGGCAGCGGGCUGAGUGCGACUCCAAUCACUCCAACGGCCGCGGCACCAUAUUCAAAAGUACACACGAGUAUUUCACCGACACCAUCUCUUCCACUUCCUCCACCUUCGCCAAUCCCUAUAAUCGGGACGGUAUGGUCCUUCCAGCACCCGAAUCCAAGUCUACCUAGCCUAAACUCCAGUUCCAACACCGAUUCCCCGCUGCCGUCGUCUGCUGAACCGACCUUGUCCAACGCCCACAACGCCCGUCACAGCACCCUCACAUUCCCAAUCCCGUACCGCGGCACCUGCCACGGAUUAGCAGGAUACUUUGAAACCGUACUCUACAAGGGCGUCGAGCUCUCGACCAAUCCCAAUACCAUGGACGCCAAAUCCGAGGGCAUGAUUAGUUGGUUCCCCAUGUAUUUCCCGUUGAAGAACCCCAUCUCCGUCCCCGACAACUCCGAAUUGACCGUGACAAUGUGGCGGAAAACCGACGAUCGAAGAGUCUGGUACGAGUGGCUUGUCGAUGUGUUCAUAUAUCUACCCACAUCCCACAUCUAUACCUAUACUCAGGCCUCAACUUCGAAAGGAAAGUCUCGCGAUCCACCUCCUCUCACAACAAUAGGAGUUGGAGUAUCAGGCACAGGCACAACAGAUGGGAAGUCAUCAAAGGGGAAGAAAGUCCGCAUCGGCGGAAGUGAGUUGCAUUCGUCGGAGAAAGAAGCAUGUUUGAUGUAA